CAGGCCCAAACAGUGCCACAGGUACACAACCAGGUCUCUCUCCAUAAGACCGUCAUCCUCUCUCGCUCACAGAGACCGAAUACUUCAGAAAGAAAACCGUUCAUCUGUCUGGGUCAUAUUCAGCAUCUCUGCAUUGGAUGAUGGUCCUUCAGGCCAGCAGUGUCAUGACUAUGAGUGUUGACAACCAGUUACCUGCCACAUGGACAACCCACUACAGCUGCCCUGAUGUUUCCACGGUGACGUCCAGUUACACGGGUCAUCUCUCGUCUCAAGAUCUUCACCCACAGAACUGGUCAAAGUACCAGGUCUGGGAAUGGCUCCAGCAAACGUUGGACAUGCACCAGAUCGAUGCCACCAGCAUUCCCUUCCAGAACUUCGACCUGGAUGGGAGACAGCUUUGCGACAUGAACUACCAAGACUUCACGCGGGCGGCCGGAUCCGUCGGUCCCAUUCUUUUCCAAAGCUUGGCUGAAGUCAAGUGGAAUGUGCAGUAUGGUCAAACAGAUUUGUUCAUGCAGGGGGACAUUAAAACAGAAAUUGAUGCAGAAUUUCAUUGUUCGAUCCCUCCCUUCAAAGAAGAGUCCAGCUUUUACAGCACAUCAGACCUGUUUGACCUCAAAAGCUCAUUGCAGCCCAACAUCACGUUGGCCUCCCCAGCUCCUUCAAGCCCAGACCCCAAGCGGUCACGCGGUCGCUCUAAUCAGGUUAAAAGACACAACCCUCGCGGGACGCACCUGUGGGAGUUUAUCCGAGACAUCCUGUUGUACCCGGAGCGUAACCCCGGCCUUAUCAAAUGGGAGGAUCGUUCAGAGGGGGUGUUUCGCUUUCUCAAAUCCGAAGCCGUGGCCCAGCUGUGGGGAAAGAAGAAAAAUAACAGCAGUAUGACCUACGAGAAGCUCAGCAGGGCGAUGAGGUAUUAUUACAAGCGAGAGAUCCUGGAGCGGGUUGACGGACGCAGACUUGUCUAUAAAUUCGGCAGGAAUGCUCGAGGAUGGAGAGAGUCUGAAAAGUGAAGGACUUUAAGUUUUGAGCUUCCAUGUAAAAAAGUUUAUUUAUGACAUUAUGGCUAUUUGAGUUAGUUUUUCGAAAGACUAAUAAACUGUUGUGUUUAUAAGAAUCGUGCACUUGUCUGUGACUUUGUUGUUUGAGUUUAUUUUCUAGUUUCGUAGAAAAGUGCCUGACACUAAAAAUGGAAAUGAAGACGCUUGUUGUUGUUUACAUUUGCAUGUCAUUUACAUGUAACACUCAUUUAUUUGAAUUUGAAUGUACAUUUCUGUAUCUGUAAUGUGAAACACUGUUUGAUCAUUAAAAAUGUUAAAAAUUGUUUAAAAUGUCGUCUGACUUGCCUGACAUACCUGUACCUAGAGUGAACUCUUGCAAUAUAGAGAAAAUGUUCCUUCAACCAGAUGAAGAUCCUUAAAGUGAUAGUUAACCCAAAAAUAAAAGAUCUGUCACCAUUGACUCACCCUCUUGUUAUUUCAAACCUGUAUGACUUUCUUUCUUCUGCAGAACUCAAACGAUGAUAUUUUAAAGAAAGUUGGGAACCGAACAGCGCCGGCACCCUUUCACUGCUAUUGUAUGGAUACAAAACCAAUGCAAGUGAAUAGGUGCUGGUUACCAACAUUCUUCAAAAUAUCUUCUUUUGUGUUCUGCAGAAGAAAGAAAGGCAUACAGGUUUAAAUUGACAAGAGGGUGAGUAAAUGAUAAGAGAAUUUUAAUUUUUUGGGUGAACUAUAAUAGCAGGAGAAAAACACAUUUAGAAGAUUCUUGGUAAAAGUAAAGGAGUAAAUAUGAAGGAGUCGGUAAAAAAAAGUACUACACCAAUAGCAGGGUCGCGAUAUAUUUUUAAUAGGUUUUGUGGAGUAAAUGUAUGACAAACCACAAGUCACCAUGUUUUUUUUUUGUUUCUGCUGUCCAUAAGCUGAGACUUUUGCAAUUGCAUUCAUAAAAGCACAAA